AUGCGGGGAUCUGACCGUGUACGUGCGGCUAAUGGGCCUCCUUCGCUGGAAGUUCUCCGGCGCGCCGGCACGGAAAUGCGCCACUCUGACAACCGUGCCGCAAGGCCUGACCGCUGGGAUACGGCCUCAGAGAUCAGCAUAACCGUGGCCAGCGUCGUUCGGAGUCCAGGUGUUAGGCGUGCCGAUGCGCCGCCAUCGGCGUAUUCUUUGCCUGAAAAAGCAGUUGACCAAGCAUGCUCAGCAGAAGGUUCGUCAGCUGCCCGCCCACUCCACAACCCCCUAGUGCGCCACGUGGGGCAAAGUACCUCCUCUGACGGGAUACCGCGGGUGCCAACGCUCAAUCUCGCGCUGCUCCAUACCCGAACAAGCGUGCCGCUUUCGAGCCUCGGAGAGAGUGAUCAGGCGCCGCCACCGCAGAUUAAGCCACAAUGGCAGAAAAAAGAUGACAUAGUGGGACACCUCAAUGAAAUACAAUCGCAACUUGAAAGGAGGCUCAGCACUGUGCGCUUAGAAUACCAGAAGAAGCUCAGCGAGUCGGCCCUUGUGGGCUUCGCCAAGAGACGCUCGGCACGCAUGUUGAGCAUGCGAACGGACGAGAGCAUCUCAUUACACAGUGAAUCCUCAAAGCGUCAGGAUAUGGUACGUCGUCCGGAGUUGCGAGGACACUCCGGAGCGUACAACGCUGCCACUGCAGUGAAUGCCAGGGGGAGGCAAAGGAACGCUUCACCCCCUAGGAUGGCCGCAGGACCUCCGCCUCGCAGGCCAUCGGGGAAAGUUCCCAGCCCGGAUCACGGUAAAGUUGGCGCGCCUAUGACUAGGUAUGCUACUUUUGCGACGGCGAAGCGUGGAUCUCGUGCGCCAAGCCGAUUCGUGCCUCCAGACUGGAAUGCAUUGGUGAAUAAGGAAACACCAGACGAAAAGGACGGGCCGUCGAAACAGGAUAACAAAACUGCUGCACAUGCCACACCUUCUGCGCCACCAGCACAGCCAGACAACAUUCUGCCGGCAGAAGCACUGAUGCGGCCCCCGGAAAUGAGGGAGGCCCGGAAGCCGCCACCAACGUCGCUGCGCUUGAGCUCCUUACAUCGCAAAAACGAGAACACAUAUGAUGUAAACCUCGUAAAUAACGUCUGCAGACGUGCUACGACAAAGCCGGUUGGUCCUAAUAUGCUGGAACGGGCGACCACUGCCGCCAUGGGUAAGUUCGAAGGGGUCAAGGAGUCCGUUAUCAAUGGAUUCCGACGGUCACAAACGUCGGCUCUGUUGUCGCGUAGCGCUGAGGAAAAUAAGGAUGAUGUAAAACCAAGCAUGGUCACGUUUAAACCCUUUCAAUCGCCGACGCUAUCGGAACAGGAUUUGUCAUCGAAGACCGUCACGGACGAGGGUUGGCCUGGAAGCCCGCUUGCGCGCGCCUAUUCGUACGUUGACCGUGUGAUCCACGGUACAAGCGGAAACGAGGCGGCUGAAGAGAAAGCGCAGCCAGUGGCACGGCCCCCUUCGCGACAGGUGGCAGGAGGCGAACCGGCCCCCAAUCAACGCGACAGAAACGCGAGGUCCAUACGGUACCUGGAGAACAUAGAGAGGGCCAUGCCGCGUCCUGUGGCAUCCGAAACGAGAGUCGAAGUGGAAACUGAAACUGGGAAUGAAGCUCCAAUGCGCCGCCAAACCACGGUGACGCUCCGGAGGAGAGACACAUACACAGUGGAUGCUGAACAGAUAAGAGACAAGCUGAGAGCGGCGGCGGAACCUGCCAGCGAGUCAUCGGAGGAUGACGACAAUACGUCAUACCAAGUUGUGUCGGUCAGCGGUUCCGACCUGGAGGAGGUCUCUGGGCAGUACGAACAGCCGGAGCAGCAGCGACCGUUCAUCAUAAACGAAAACAUGGUUGAGCGCAACGUCGACGCGGCUUCGCUGACGCACCUGCCGACUAUCAGCGGCAACCAUGUCAAAGGGAUCGCCGGAUACUCGCUUGAGUACCUCAACCAGCUGUCCAAGGUGAACUCGAAGUACGCCCUGCUGCGCCAGCGAGAACUCGACGCCUCCGUGGAAAUGGGCAACACAUCUGGCUUCGGACACCAGGCAAGCCUCAGGACGAGCGUCAAGCCGUGGUUCAGGAACCCGCUGGCCGAGAAGGCGUGGCGCAAGAGGGCCAACGGCGCGAAGUAUGCCUCCUUCAUCCCCAACGCACGGCACGUGGAGCACACAACCGACGCAGCGCUGAAGAAGCAGAUGGACCAGCUCGCGACGUACCGACUGGACCUCGAAGAACGGGAGCGCCACGGUGUGAUGGACCCGUUCUACGAAUACGAGAAGGCGAAGCAAAACAAGACGCUCAUCGACUCCGACUGGGCCAAGUACGGCCGACCGGUCGGCAAACACUGA